AUGCCGUGUAAGGGACAUGAGGAGGGUGUGGUAUCAGCACAGCGACAGGUCACCGUCCAGGAAGGACCCUUGUACCGCACAGAGGGCUCCCACAUCACCAUCUGGUGCAACGUGAGUGGCUACCAGGGUCCCUCUGAGCAGAACUUCCAGUGGUCCAUUUACCUGCCCUCUGCUCCCGAGCGUGAAGUACAGAUCAUUAGCACAGUGGACUCUUCCUUCCCUUACGCCAUCUACACCCAACGAGUCCGCAGUGGGAAGAUCUACGUGGAGAGAGUCCAGGGGAACUCGGCCUUACUUCACAUCACAGACCUGCAAGCCCGGGAUGCUGGGGAGUAUGAGUGUCACACCCCCAACACUGACGAGCGCUACUUUGGGAGUUACAGUGCCAAGAUGAACCUAGUGGUGAUCCCAGAUUCUCUGCAGACCACAGCUGUCCCCCAGACUCUGCACAAAGUGGAACAGGACCCUCUGGAGCUCAGCUGCGAAGUGGCCACUGAGACUGUCCAGCACACCCACCUCUCGGUAUCCUGGCUGCGACAGAGGGGUGGCGAGAACCCUGUGGAGGUCAUUUCCCUGAGCCGAGACUUCAUCCUGCACUCCAGCAGUGAAUAUGCCCAGAGGCAGAGCCUGGGCGAGGUGCGGCUGGACAAGCUGGGGAGAAGCACCUUUCGCCUCACCAUCUUCCACCUGCAGCCUUCCGACCAGGGCGAGUUCUACUGCGAGGCUGCGGAGUGGAUCCAGGAUCCAGAUGGCUCUUGGUACGCCAUGACCAGGAAGCGCUCUGAGGGUGCCGUGGUCAACGUCCAGCCCACUGACAAAGAGUUCACCGUACGUCUGGAAACAGAUAAGAGGCUGCACACGGUGGGUGAGCCGGUGGAGUUCAGAUGUAUCCUAGAGGCUCAGAACAUUCCUGACCGGUACUUUGCCGUCUCCUGGGCCUUCAACAGCUCACUCAUUGCCACCAUGGGGCCUAAUGCUGUGCCAGUCCUCAACAGUGAAUUUGCCCACCGUGAAGCCAAGGGACAGCUUAAGGUGGCCAAAGAGAGUGACGGUGUCUUUGUGCUGAAGAUAUACCACCUUCGCCAGGAAGAUAGUGGCAAAUACAACUGCCGGGUGACUGAGCGAGAGAAGACUGUCACUGGAGAGUUCAUCGACAAGGAAAGCAAGCGGCCCAAGAACAUCCCCAUCGUCGUGCUCCCUCUCACAGAUAACUGGGUAGUUAAAGUCCCCCAGCAGCACCAGAUCCUGCCCCAAGGCCACUUGGAAAGCAGCAUGUCCGUGGAGGUGGCCAGCAAUGCCAGCGUCAUCCUGGAGGGUGAGGACCUGCACUUCUCCUGUACUGUCCGCACAGUGGGCAGGUUGCAGGCCCGCUUCUCUGUCAUCUGGCAGCUUGUGGAUAGGCAGAAUCGCCGCAGCAAUGUCAUGUGGCUGGACCGGGAUGGCACCGUGCAGCCGGGCUCAUCAUACUGGGAGCGCAGCAGCUUCGGAGGCAUCCAGAUGGAGCAGGUGCAGCCCAACUCCUUCAGCCUGGGUAUCUUCAACAGCAGAAAGGAAGAUGAGGGCCAGUACGAGUGCCAUGUGACGGAGUGGGUACGGGCUGUGGACGGGGAGUGGCAGAUUGUGGGAGAGCGCCGUGCCAGUACCCUGGUCUCCAUCACAGCCCUUGAAACGGGCUUUGCGGUCACAGCUAUCUCCCGGACACCAGGGGUUACCUACAGUGACUCCUUUGACUUGCAGUGCAUCAUCAAACCCCACUACCCAGCCAGAGUCCCCGUGUCUGUAACAUGGAGGUUCCAGCCAGUGGGCACAGUGGAGUUCCAUGACCUGGUGACCUUCACACGGGACGGAGGGGUUCAGUGGGGGGACAGGUCAUCUACCUUCCGAACUCGGACAGCCAUUGAGAAGGCCGAGUCCAGCAACAAUGUCCGCCUGAGCAUCAGCCGGGCCAGUGACACGGAGGCAGGCAAGUACCAGUGUGUGGCGGAGCUGUGGCGGAGGAACUACAACAAUACCUGGACACGGCUGGCGGAGAGGACCUCCAACCUGCUGGAGAUCCGGGUGCUGCAGCCAGUGACAAAGCUUCAGGUGAGCAAAUCAAAGAGAACCCUCACACUGGUGGAGAACCGGCCAAUUCAGCUGAACUGCUCCGUCAAGUCCCAGACCAGCCCAAACUCGCACUUUGCCGUGCUGUGGUAUGUUCACAAACCCUCAGAUGCGGACGGCAAGCUCAUUCUCAAAACCACGCACAGUUCAGCCUUUGAGUAUGGAACCUACGCCGAGGAGGAGGGCCUGAGAGGCCGGCUGCAGUUCGAGAGGCAUGUGUCAGGGGGCCUGUUCAGCCUCACUGUGCAGAGAGCUGAGGUCAGCGACAGUGGUAGCUACUACUGCCAUGUGGAGGAGUGGCUGCUGAGUCCCAACUAUGCCUGGUACAAGCUGGCUGAGGAGGUUUCAGGGCGCACAGAGGUCACUGUGAAGCAGCCAGACAGCCGCCUGAAGCUCAGCCAAGCCCAGGGGAGCCUGUCUAUUCUGGAGACACGGCAGAUCCAGCUGGAGUGUGUGGUCCUGAACCGCACCAGCAUGGCCUCCCAGCUGCUGGUGGAGUGGUUCGUAUGGAAGCCCAACCACCCAGAGCGGGAAGUAGUGGCCCACCUCAGCCGAGAUGCUACCUUCCACUAUGGUGAGCAGGCUGCCAAAAACAACCUGAAGGGACGGCUGCACUUGGAGAGCCCAUCUUCUGGCGUGUACAGGCUCUUCAUCCAGAAUGUGGCAGUGCAGGACAGCGGGACCUACAGCUGCCGAGUGGAGGAGUGGCUGCCCAGCCCCAGUGGAGUGUGGUAUAAACGGGCUGAGGACACAGCUGGACAGACGGCCGUCACAGUCAUGCGACCUGACGCUGCCCUCCAGGUAGACACAGUGGUCCCCAAUGCCACCGUGACCGAGAAGGCAGCUUUCCAACUAGACUGCAGCAUCUUGUCUCGAUCAAGCCAGGACUCCCGCUUUGCUGUGGCCUGGUACUCUCUAAGGACUAAAGGUGGAGGGAAAAGAGGCAGCCUUGGCAUUGAUGAGCAAGAGGAGGAGGAGGUGGUAUUGGAAGAGGAGGACUCUGAAGAUCCAACAGAGAGGACAGUCCUGCUGAGCGUGGGACCUGAUGCUGUCUUUGGUCCCGAAGGCAGCCCUUGGGAGGGCAGGCUGCGCUUCCAGAGGCUCUCGCCCCUGCUGUACCGGCUCACAGUGCUUGAGGCAAGCCCCCAGGACACAGGCAACUAUUCCUGCCAUGUAGAGGAAUGGCUGCCCAGCCCUCAGAAGGAAUGGUACCGGCUGACGGAGGAGGAGUCUGCUCCCAUUGGCAUCCGGGUUCUGGACACAAGUUCCACCCUGCAGUCGCUCAUCUGCUCCAACGAUGCCCUCUUCUACUUUGUCUUCUUCUACCCUUUCCCCAUCUUUGGCAUCCUCAUCAUCACCAUUCUGCUGGUGCGCUUCAAAAGCCGGAACUCCAGCAAGAACUCAGAGGGGAAGAACGGGGUGCCCCUGUUGUGGAUCAAGGAGCCGCACCUCAACUACUCCCCGACUUGCCUGGAGCCUCCUGUGCUCAGCAUCCACCCAGGAGCCAUAGACUAAGGAGGCUGCCGGCACCC